UUCAGUUUGAGUUGUCUCAGGGGACUGGAAGCUAGAGUUGAUCAACAGCUCGGAGCGUGUUCAGGCAAGACGCACUGCCACGCUCUGCCUUUUUCUUCACCCCUGUACUGUAAGGAAACCUCCGAGCACGUCUAAUUGCUACUAGCGCCUGACAUUUUGACAAUUGUUCUGCCGUCAUAUUUCCACAAUGGAUCAUAAGUAGACGUGUGUGACAACUGACGUUAAAGGAGAAUGCAGGACAAGGCCAACAGGGAUUCACAAAAGAAAUCAGUGGGACGGAUCAGGGAUCAACGUGUGCAGCAGCUUCAAGAUGAAAGGAAAGCAGUGCAGAGGAGAACCUUCACCAGGUGGAUGAAUGUGUUUCUGCAGAGGCGUGAUCCUCCAAUUGAAGUGCACGACCUGUUUACAGACAUCCAGGAUGGCAGAAUACUGAUGGCUCUGCUGGAGGAGCUGUCUGGGUGCAAGCUACUUUACAGGUUUAGGUCGUCGCCUCACCGCAUUUUCAGACUGAACAACAUUUCCCAAGCCCUGGCAUUCCUGGAUGAUAGACAUGUGAAGCUGCUUGGCAUCGAUGCCUCUGCUAUUGCUGAUGGGAUCCCCUCUGUUGUUCUUAACCUUGUCUGGAACCUGAUCUUGCAUUUCCAGGUAAAGGAGGUGACAGGAGGCCUCCAGAAGCAUUUGUCUUCUAGCCUCUCUUCCUUAUCAAUGAGCAGUUACCCCUCCUCCAGCAACCUCUCACCCCAGCCAAAUGACAUUGGCAGCUACUCCUGCAACACCAUGCCAAGCAAAGGCAGGAAGUCUGCCAGAGAGCCAAAGUACCAUGGGAAAGCAAUCAAGACUCUACUGCAAUGGGUCCAAAGAUGCACAUCAAAGUAUGGUGUGGAGGUGCAUGACUUUGGGAAGAGCUGGAGGAGUGGGUUGGCAUUCCUAGCCAUGAUUAAGUCCAUAAACCCAGCCUUGGUUGAUCUAAAGGAAAGUCUGUCCAGAGAGCCAAGAGAAAACAUUCAGCUGGCCUUCCUGAUAGCUCAUCACAGUUUGGAUAUACCACCUCUGCUGGAGCCUGAAGAUGUGUCAGGCACUUCACCAGAUGAGCAGUCCAUCAUCACCUAUGUGUCUGUGUUCCUGUGGCAUUGUUCAGGCACAGAUGAGGAUCAUACAACAAAUGCUGAAGAUCCUGAGAUCCCAAACUUUGGAUCACCUGAGUCAGUCAGCUUUGAAGAGACCCUCGCUGAAGACCCAGAAGCCCAAGCUUUGCUCCAAGGAUUGCAGAAGAGCAGCAAGCAGCUACUGUGGAAAAGCUGGGCUAGAAGAUCCUCAGGGAACCCCUGUGCCACCUCUCUUCACACAAGUGAAGCCACGUCACCAUUCAUCAAAAAGCAAAGCAGGUGUCGAAGCAUUUUACAACCCCUCAGUCCGCUGGACGCAGGCGUAGUCGGUCAAGAGAUCCGAUCAUGGAUGGAGAAAGCUUCUGUGGACCAGGGCUACACCAAGCCAAGGGCGGAUGAAAGCUUUUCUUUGAGCUCUGAAGAAGGAAUCUACAGCUUGUUGGCGCUGGACUCCGAUGAGGAGGAUGCCUACAGCUACAUCCUGGAUCUGAAUAAAGAGGUUUUUCAACCAUAUAAUCAGCUGAUAAGACCAAUGGUUGAAGAGGAAACGGAGGAAGAAAUGUUCCUGAAUGGACAAUGGAAGACUGAAUAUUCAAAACAUCUGGAAGUAUGUGAUACGCUAAACGGCACUGGAUGUAAACAUCUAGAAGGCUCACCUGCACAAAAUGUUGAAUCGGAAAUCAGGGCUCAGUCAGUGAUUCAUAGCAUGUCUGAUUGGGACAAAAAUGAAAGUAGUUCCAGAGAGAUGGCAAACAGUAUGGCUGUGUUUAGCAUGAAGCCAGGGAAAGACAGCAGCGACAACAGAGGGCAAAGUGAAGGUGAGAGAGUUGUUAGAGGACAGAGUAAUGAUGAUAGUGAUUGUUGUGAAGAAGAGCGGAGGAAGGAGGAAACAGAAAAUGCUCGAUUGGUGAAGCACGGAUGUGAUAAAAGAGAGGCUCUUGUAGAUGAAACCAAGAACACAAAGCUUUUUGAAGUGGCUAGUUGGAAGACAAAGUCUGAGGAAGAGUCUGUAAGAGGGCUUUUUGAAAAGAGAGCGGUAGACAAAGAAGAAGUAGAAGUAAAUGAAAAAGUAUUAACUGGUGAGGCUGUAUAUAACAGAGACGCCGGUGCAAGUAGCAUUAACACAAAGGAAGAAAAUGACGGGAAAGACAAUGCCCCCAAAAUGGAAGAUGAAGACGAGGUAGAAUACAGCGAUGCAGUCACAAAUUCAGUGGAUUUUGAGGAAGUAAAAACAGUAGAGGAGAAAGACAGGAAACAUAAGAUUAAGAAACAUAAACUCACUGACAAGGUGGCAACAAGGAUAGAUCAUCCUGGUAAAACUGCCCCAAAAAAUGACACUAAUGGAGCUGUUAACGUCCGUGGUGGUGAAAGCUGGACUCCUGCCUGUAGUGCAAGUUCUCAGUCAUUCAGAGAGGGAGGAUUCAUUCUUCAGUCUUCAGCAGCCUCUUGUGGCAUUACCCCAUUAGAGCUGGAAAUGCUCUUGGUCCUGUGGCUCCUUCUCUACAGCUGCUUCAUCCUACCUCAAAUGAACUUCUGAGUCCCCCUGCAGUGCACUCAUCUUAUCAAGACGCGCUCAUUAGCCCAGUUUCCAGUAACGACCCAAACAAAGACACUUAAGGCUUUUUUUAAAGGCUCUUUAUCUGUGUCGCAAAAUUUCCCGCAAGGCAACAUUUAAUGAUUGUGUUUGCUUUUUGCUGCCAGCUGAAAAAAUGUGUCAUUUGGGCAGUAGUUUUAGAUAAAACACAUAAUAGUGUUAUCCACAUUAUUAUUAUUGCAUAUAUAAUAUACAUAUAUACAUAUUACAUGCUACUAGCUCUGUUAAUUUGAUUUACUUUUCUGCCAGAAAUACUCCUUUCGAUUUCAGUUGACUUCAUCGACCACAUGGUGGCAUCCCAGCAUCACAGCAGCGACUAUCUCACAUUACAGACUGUACUUUACAGCAUUCUGCCGACUGCUGAGAAUCCCGUGUGACCUGCUGUUUAAUUAGAAGCUGUAUUGACGCGGUGAGAUUAGGCUGAUAAUAUUUAAUGAGCACUUUGACAUUUCGCGGACUCUGUAUCACUGUAUGAUAGUAAAAGCUAAUCGACAAUGCAGCCUUUUUUCAUGACAUUUGUAUGACUAUGAGGUAUAAAUAAUAAUAAUUUGUAUAUUAUUGUUCA